GAGUUGAUGGGAGCUGCAGGGGCACGCCGGACCAGCCUUCUUCCCAGCCAGUGACGGACGCCCUCGCAGCUCCUGGACAUUGCCCGCCCUUCGUCCUCUGCCUGGUACCACCAGGGAUGAGCCUCUUCACAAGAGUCUCCUCCGUAGUCCCUUAGAGGAACUGGUUGCCGCUGCCACCACCUCCUCUUCUGUCAGCCUCAGUGACUCCUACCUUAUUUUUACUCUAUGGAUCUUUCCCAGAUGUAAAGGUCUCUCCUGGGCACUACUGAGGCCGGACCGUUAACCCAGUGGCUUGGGGACCCUAGUUCACUCCAGCACCGGCCCCUGCCUGAAGAGAGCCUGCCCCUCUCCCUACAGCUUUCCAGGGCCAAGGCUGCCAGGUGUUUGGCGCGUGAACGCCGGUCCUCCCUGCUCUGCCUGUUCCCUCCGACCUCGAGGAAGCACACACAGCUCCACAAUGGCAGCAGAGACGCUCAACUUUGGGCCUGAGUGGCUCAGAGCCCUUUCCAGCGGUGGCAGUGUGGCCUCCCCACCCCCCUCCCCUGCCAUGCCCAAAUACAAGCUGGCUGACUACCGCUAUGGGCGCGAGGAGAUGCUGGCUCUCUAUGUCAAGGAGAACAAGGUCCCUGAAGAGCUACAGGACAAGGAGUUUGCUGCGGUGCUGCAGGAAGAGCCGCUGCAGCCCCUGGCCCUGGAGCCCCUGACUGAGGAGGAGCAGAGAAACUUCUCCCUGUCAGUGAACAGUGUGGCUGUGCUGAGGCUGAUGGGGAAAGGGGCUGGCCCCCCCCCGGCUGGCACCUCCCGUGGCAGGGGCAGCACGCGGAGCCGAGGCCGAGGCCGUGGCGACAGUUGCUUUUACCAAAGAAGCAUCGAAGAAGGUGAUGGGGCCUUUGGACGGAACCCCCGGGAGAUCCAGCGCAGCCAGAGCUGGGAUGACAGAGGCGAAAGGCGGUUUGACAAGUCGGCAAGAAGGGAUGGAGCACGAUCCGGGUUUGAGGAGGGAGGGGCUGGCCCAAGGAAGGAGCACGCCCGCUCAGAUAGUGAGAACUGGCGUUCUCUGCGGGAGGAACAAGAGGAAGAAGAGGAGGGCAGCUGGAGACUCGGGGCAGGACCCCGGCGAGAAGGAGACCGCUGGCGCUCAGCCAGCCCUGAUGGCGGCCCCCGCUCUGCUGGCUGGCGGGAACAUGGGGACCGGCGUCGCAAGUUUGAAUUUGAUUUGCGAGGGGAUCGAGGAGGGUGUGGUGAAGAAGAUGGGCGGGGUGGGGGAGGCAGCUCUCACCUCCGGAGGUGCCGAGGGCCUGACGGCUUUGAUGAUGACAAGGAUGGACUCCCAGAAUGGUGCCUAGACGAUGAGGAUGAAGAAAUGGGCACCUUCGAUGCCUCUGGGGCCUUCUUGCCUCUCAAGAAGGGUCCCAAGGAACCCAUUCCUGAGGAGCAGGAGCUCGAUUUCCAGGGUCUAGAGGAGGAAGAGGAGGAGCCUCCCGAAGGGGUGGAUGAGGAGCGGCCUGAGGCAGGUGGGAAGGAGCUGACCCCACUGCCUCCUCAGGAGGAGAAGUCCAGCUCUCCGUCCCCACUGCCCACCUUGGGUCCACUCUGGGGGACAAAUGGGGAUGGUGACGAAACUGUGGAGAAAGAGCUCCCAGCAGCUGAAGGAGACGAUAUGAGGGGAAUCCAGCUGAGUCCUGGGGUGGGCUCCGCCACUGGCCCACCUGGUGACCUGGAAGAUGAUGAAGGCUUGAAGCAUCUGCAGCAGGAGGCGGAGAAGCUGGUGGCCUCCCUGCAGGACAGUUCUCUGGAGGAGGAGCAGUUCACGGCUGCCAUGCAGACCCAGGGCCUGCGCCACUCUGCUGCUGCCACUGCCCUCCCCCUCAGCCAUGGCGCUGCCCGGAAGUGGUUCUACAAGGACCCGCAGGGGGAGAUCCAAGGCCCCUUCACAACACAGGAGAUGGCCGAGUGGUUCCAGGCUGGCUAUUUCUCUAUGUCGCUCCUUGUGAAGCGGGGCUGUGACGAGGGCUUCCAGCCUUUGGGUGAGGUGAUCAAGAUGUGGGGUCGUGUGCCCUUUGCCCCAGGGCCCUCACCACCCCCACUGCUGGGAAACAUGGACCAGGAGCGGUUGAAGAAGCAACAGGAGCUGGCAGCAGCAGCCUUGUACCAGCAGCUGCAGCACCAGCAGUUUCUUCAGCUGGUCAGCAGCCGCCAGCUCCCGCAGUGUGCACUCCGGGAAAAGGCAGCUAUGGGGGACCUGUCGCCGUCGCAGCAGCAGCAGCUCACAGCGUUUCUGCAGCAGCUCCAGGCUCUCAAACCCCCCAGAGGUGGGGACCAGAACCUGCUCCCGACGAUGAGCCGGUCCUUGUCGGUGCCAGAUUCAGGCCCCCUCUGGGACGUACAUACCUCAGCCUCAUCACAGUCAGGUGGUGAGGCCAGUCUUUGGGACAUACCAAUUAACUCUUCGACUCAGGGUCCAAUUCUAGAACAACUCCAGCUGCAACAUAAAUUCCAGGAACGCAGAGAAGUGGAGCUCAGGGUGAAGCGGGAGGAGGAGGAGCGGAAGCGCCGGGAGGAGAAGCGCCGCCAGCAGCAGCAGGAGGAGCAGAAGCGGCGACAGGAGGAAGAGGAACUGUUUCGGCGCAAGCAGGUGCGGCAGCAGGAACUGCUGUUGAAGCUGCUGCAGCAGCAGCAGGCGGCCGCUGUCCCUGUGCCCCCUGCACCCAGCUCCCCGCCCCCGCUCUGGGCUGGCCUGGCCAAGCAGGGCCUCUCCAUGAAGACGCUGCUCGAGCUCCAGCUGGAGGGUGAGCGGCAGCUGCACAAGCAGCCCCCGACUCGGGAGCCAGCGCGGGCUCAGGCCCCCAACCACCGCGUGCAGCUUGGGGGCCUGGGCACUGCCCCCCUGAACCAGUGGGUAUCUGAGGCAGGGCCGCUGUGGGGCGGGCCCGACAAGAGUGGGGGCAGCAGCAGCAGCAGCCUGGGGCUCUGGGAGGACACCCCCAAGAGCAGCGGGAGCCUGGUCCGUGGCCUUGGCCUGAAGAAUAGCCGGAGCAGCCCAUCUCUCAGGUGGGUGCAGGGCCCGGAGGCUCCAGGGCGGCUGGGGGUGGAAGGAGGUGGAACACCCGAGCUGGCCUCUAAGUCAUUCGCCCCCCUCAGCGACUCUUACAGCCACCUAGCAGGUCGGCCUGUUCGCAAAAAGACCGAGGAAGAAGAGAAGCUGCUGAAGCUGCUGCAGGGCAUCCCCCGGCCCCAGGACGGCUUCACCCAGUGGUGCGAGCAGAUGCUGCACACGCUGAGCACCACGGGCAGCCUGGACGUGCCCAUGGCUGUAGCCAUCCUCAAGGAGGUGGAAUCUCCCUAUGAUGUCCAUGAUUAUAUCCGUUCCUGCCUGGGGGACACGCUGGAAGCCAAAGAAUUUGCCAAACAAUUCCUGGAGCGGAGGGCCAAGCAGAAAGCCAGCCAGCAAAGGCAGCAGCAGCAGGGUACUCCCUGCAUGGAUCUUCUGGUGAGAUCGAGAGCGUGGAUGACUACUGACCAGCCCGUCCCCAGCCCCUGGGCUGUAGGCCAGGGGCGGCAGCAGUGGCGUGGACCCUCGGGUCCCCAGCCUGCAGGCUCCCCACAGGGAGCCAAGGAGGAAGCAGGGGCAGCAGCCCCAGCACUUGUUACAAACCACACGAUGCACCUUAACUCACCCACCACGAGGCACUUUACAGAUUGGGGGGAAGGGGUUGUGUUUUUUUGUUUUGUUUUUUAAUUUUGAAGAAAAUGUUAGGAGAGACAGAAGAUAUUGUUAAAAAACUAGACUCUAAACACCCCUUACCCUUCUGGGGAUUGGGGGGGGGUGUGACAAUGGAAGGUCCACAGAAGGUU